UAAUUCUUAUAUAGAAAGACUAUAUCUACAUCUAUCAAAACAUUGCUUUGUUUCUAUACUUACAUCGUCUGUUGGAAUUCCGAUCUACAGUAUGUGCAUUUCACAACAGGGAAUGCGCCUCUACAUUCCUAAAGCAAUAAAAAAUAAAACUUAACUUCUAAUAAGCUAUUCAACAAAGAUCAAUUUGAUUUCUAAAACUUUUUAUAAUAGAUUCAUCGAUCCAAUAUUAUUUGUAAAUUAUCUUGAAUAAUAGAAAAGUUUUCAAAACUAAAGUAGACGACCAAUCACGCAUUAAACGGACAAUGAUAUUAAAUGUUCUAAUAUUAGCAAUCCGUUUCUACGAAACGAAAGAGACGCUUCGAAACGUCCCGCUGAAGUACGAAAUCUCGCGCAUAAAUUCUUAUAAACGAAUUAUAAUCGAAAAAAUAUACCUUGCAUAAUUGUUGUCCUGGCGAAAGCUCCUCGAAAGGAUGCCUGGAGAAACAUCUUGAGCACGCAAAAAGUGCCUGCACAUUGUUCGUGCUCAUUCUCAAACAGCGAAUCGUGUUUGCCCUUGCAGCUUCCAAAUCGUAACGUCACGAACGAUAAAACCAAUUUCGAAAGGCGAUCGAAAACGAUGUUAACCGCGCUUCGAUGCGUCUUCACAAUUGUUUUCAACAAAAAAAAAAAAAAAAACGUAAAAAUCGCGACGUAGAUAUGCCGUGCUCUAUUUUCUUACAUGUUUUAUUAAAUUGUUCACGUAAGACGCUGACUUCUCACAAGCAUAACCACCUUACUCUUUUGCACUUGUUCCAACCGGUUGUUGAUUUCAUGCAGCCAUCUGUACAUCUAAACGAGAAACAGAAAUUCGUACCGAAAUUCAGGACGAACAAAGCGCUAACUAUUAAUCAAUUUCAAAAAUUUUAUCAUUAUUUACAAAUAUGUAGCAAAUUUUUCUUUCGUUUCUUAUUUUUAUAAUUUUUUUCCAACAUAAAUUUUGCUCUUAUGUUAGAAAAAUAUAAAUGGCAAAAAGCAGGAUUUUUCUUGCAUCAAGUGCUGACUUCAUUGUAAUGAUAUUGAGAUAGAUGCAAUAAACAUGGAAAAACAUAUUCUAAAAGUUAAUUUAGAGAAUGGAAUUCAAAAGAUCAUACUUAAUAGACCUAAGAAAAAAAAUGCUUUAUCAAUAAAGAUGUACCAGGAAAUAGAAAAUAUUUUAAAUGAUUCUUCAAAAAACGAUAGCAUACAUAUAGUUGUCUUAACUGGAGCAGGAGAUUUUUUUACUAGUGGAAAUGAUAUUAAUAUGUUAUAUUCAAUUGAAAAUUUUAUACGUUUUAAAAAUUUUAUUGAUGCUCUGAUUACCUUUCCUAAACUGUUGAUAGCUAUUGUAAAUGGCCCAGCUAUUGGUGUUGGAACCACUAUGCUUGGACUUUUUGAUAUAGUAUAUGCUUCAGAAAAAGCAUAUUUCUAUACACCUUUUACUAAAUUAGGUCUAAUAGCUGAAGCCUGUUCUUCAUAUACAUUUCCAAAAAUAAUGGGACCAAGUAAGGCUGGCGAUAUGUUAUAUCUUGGUUAUAAAAUGAAUGCUAAAGAAGCCAAAGAAUAUCAUUUAGUUGGAACAAUAUAUAAAGAUGUAGAAGAAAUAUGGAUAUAUUUAAGAAAAUUGAGUCAACUUUCUAUAAAGUCUAUAAUGGCCAUCAAAUAUUUAGUACAAAAAUGGAAUAAACAAACUUUGUUGGAAGUAAAUAAGACAGAAGUGGAAGAACUUAAGAAAAUAUGUGAAUCAGAGGAAGUUAUUAAUAGAUUAUUAAAUUUUAUAUCAAAUAAGAAUAAAUUAUAAUUUCUAAUUUUCAUUAAUGCUCAAUUUAAAAAUCAUUAUAAUAUAAUGUUAUAUACUUUUGAUUAUACUAUAUUUUAUUUUAUUAUCAAAGAACUUCUAAAUUGAUUCAUAUUUUUAAGUUAUAGAGUUUUUAAAUAUGAAUGAAAUAUGUUUAGAUACUUGUUUUAACAUAAGCUCCUAAAAAAAAGAUAUAUAUUAAAAUAUAUAUUAUGCCUUAUAUAUAUUAUCAUGGUGAUAACUACUUAUCAUAUUAUGAUAUAAAACUAAUUAACGAUGAUACAAAGAUGUAAACAAAUGUAAUAUUUUUUAGAUAAUAAUACUUUCAUUAAUAUCUUGUAAUUCUGUUAUCUUACUUGCAUCAAAUCGUCUCCAAAUGGUUUUCUAUAAUGUUGCCAAUCAAGAAGUUGAUUAAUAGUUAAAUUUUGUUGAGAUUGCUCUUUUUUUAUAAUAUCUUUUGUAUAUUCUUUUCUGUUUGUAUCCUCACAUUCAUCUGAUAAUUCAUUGAGAUUUACUUGAUCGCCACAUAUACAAUUCAUCAAAUCAUGUGUCAAAGAAUCUGUGUUUAAUGUUAAAGUGAAUAGAUCCUACAAACAACAUGUUGAUAAGAAAAUCAUUUUAAUGACAAUUAUUAAAUUGUACGGAUAUUGUAAACGACUUUAAUUUACCUUUAAUUCACUGGAUGAUAGUUUCAAAGAAGAAAGAUUAUUUGCAUCAAUAACAACUUCACUUAAACUUGUUUUACUAAUUUGACGUUGGUAUAUUUUUUCUUCAAUCGUGCCUGACAUUAGUAAUCUAUUAAUUGUAUAAUAAAGAAUUUAUAUUAUUAGUAUUUUUAUUAAUGGAUUGAUGAUGAUAAUUACUAAUUUUUAAAUUACUGAAAUAACAAGUUGUGCAUUAUAAUUGUAACAUACCUGUAGAUAUAAACACUCUUUUUUUGACCAUGCCUCCAUAUUCUCGCCAUAGCUUGAGCAUCUGACGCAGGAUUCCAAUCUGAAUCAAAUAAUACCAGUCUAGAUGCUCCUGGUAAAUUCAAUCCGACACCACCUGCCUUAGCACUUAAUAAGAAUAUUUCUGUAAUUAUAAUCAUGUAACUUUAUAAAAAAAAAGAUAUAGCAUAAUGGCAAUAUAUAUGUUUACUUACUACUAUCAUCAUUUUUGGAAUUGAAUUGUUCUAUAAUUUUCAUUCUUGCUACAUUUUGUGUACUACCGUCGAGUCUGCAAUAUUUCAGUCCUUCGACAUUGCAAAUAGAUUCGAAAAAAUCAAGUGUUUGUGUGUAAUAAGAAACGAGUACUAUUUUUUCAUCAGUUUUUUUUAAGUUUCUCAUUAAACAUCGAACGAUCGUUAUUUUACCGCAAUAUUCUGUUUCAUUAUCAUUCGAAGCAUUAUCAUUUUUUAUUAAUUGUAAAAAUGCUGGAUUAUUAUUUAAAAAGUUAUCUUUAUCCUUUGUAAAUAAAACUGGAUGAUUACAAAUCUUUUUAAGAGCUGUUAUAAUUGUUAAAUGUGUAGCUUUUUUUUCCGAUAUCGUAUUGUCGAACCAAGUAUCUACCACAAGGGAAUACAAGUUUUUUUGUUUUUCUGAUAAGUGGCAAAAUAUAACCAUUUCAUGCUUACGCGGCAAAUAUUUACUAAUUAUUUCUUGGGUUCGUCUUAAGAUAAAAGGAUUAGUUGCAUCGCGCAAUUCUUUAGCUCGUUCAUUUCCUAAAGAUUGAGCAUCAUCCGAUGCAUAUGGACAUUGAGAAGCAAUGAUAGGAUCUUCAUAAUAACGUUUAUAUUCGGUACUACUACCUAAAA